GUCGCGGUCUCUUCUUGCUGCCUUGGAACGGCCCGGAGUGGGGCGCCAUCUCGCUUGGACUCCGGGGAAGGAGCCAGGCAGGCAGGCAGCAAGCAGCAUCUCCGCGCCUCCAUAGCCUCCCCCUCCCUAGGUUGUAAUGUAACCUCCUCCCCGGUGCUCUUUGCAGCUUCUGGAGGAGAUGAACUUGCAAGGGCUGACUCGGGAGCUUUCCUUGUAUCUGGAGAGCCGGGUCCGGGAGGGACUCUUGGCUUCCGGCGUGGGCUGGUCGCUGGUGCUUUGCUUCGGAGCUGCUUACGCCUGCUAUUACCUCAGCAGCAUCGCAAAGAAACCUCAGCUGGUGACUGGUAGUGAGGGCUUCUGCCGCUUCCUCCAGGAUCAUUGUCCUAUCGUGACAGAAACAUAUUACCCCCCUGUGUGGUGCUGGGAGGGCCGUGUGCAGACUCUCCUUCGCCCCUUCAUCACCUCUCGACCAAAUGUGCAAUACAGGAAUGAACUUAUUAAAGCAAUGGAUGGAGGGCAGAUUUCGCUGGACUGGUUUGACAAUAAUGACAGCAAAUGUUACCCAGAUUCCAACAUGAGACCCACUAUCCUGCUACUGCCUGGCCUCACAGGAACAAGCAGGGAGUCCUAUAUUCUCCAUAUGAUUCAGCAGAGUAAAACACUGGGAUACAGGUGCGCGGUCUUUAACUAUCGAGGAGUUGCUGGUGAAAAUCUCUUGACACCAAGGACUUACUGUGCUGCUAAUACAGAGGAUUUGGAAACUGUUAUUCAUUAUAUACACAACUUAUACUCCUCAGCUCUGUUUAUGGCAGCAGGAGUUUCUAUGGGAGGGAUGCUUCUCUUAAAUUAUCUGGGCAAAACUGGCAGAGAAACACCAUUGAAAGCAGCUGCAAUUUUUUCAGCAGGAUGGAAUGCUUUUGAAUCUGCAGACUCACUAGAAAAACCAGUCAACUGGCUUCUUUUUAAUUACUAUUUAACCACCUGUCUACAAUCUUCAGUUACUAGACAUCGGCAAAUGUUUGAUAAACUAUUUAAUAUGAACCUAGUCAUGAAGGCUAAGACCAUUAGGGAAUUUGACAAACAGUUCACUUCAGUCAUGUUUGGCUACCCUACAAUUGAUGAUUAUUAUGCAGAUGCUAGUCCAUGCAGCAGACUGAAGAGAAUUGGAAUUCCAGUGUUGUGCUUAAAUUCCAUGGAUGAUGUCUUCUCACCAAAUCAAGCCAUACCAGUAGAAACUGCAAAACAAAACCCAAAUGUAGCUUUGGUCCUUACUUCUUGCGGAGGCCAUAUUGGUUUUCUGGAAGGCCUGUGGCCAAGAAAGUGCACCUAUAUGGACAGAGUCUUCAAACAAUUUGUUCAAGCUGUGUUUGAGCAUGGAAGCAAUAUCCUUAACAUAUAGCAACUUCAGGACCGUGACAGCAGCACAGUGGCACAUUAUGAUCAGGGUAAUGAAGCUUAAUGCACAUGAUUUAGCAAAUAAGCCAGCAAAUGGAUCAAGUCAAUGAGUAGGAGCAAAAGUAUAAUUUUGCUUAGAUAUUUUGCAAUAAUAUUGUAUAUUUUAUUUGAACAUGCCUUAUAAGAAUGACCUUAAAUAAAAAGAGCACUCUGCACACAUUAAAUUGCACUUAACCAGAACCAUUAAGUAAACAGAUAAUAAUUACUCAGGUCACAGGUCAGAAUUUUGUUUUUAAUUACUAGUUCAUAUGCACUUUAUAUUCAAAGACACAUUUCUGUUGUAAGGCAUAAGUGGGGGGGGGUCUCUUGAAGGGCAUUGAUGGAGGAAAUGCUAUAAGAAGAUUUUUAAACAGUAAUAUAGCAAUUUAAAGCCAUCCUUAACUUUAGCCUUGAGCUGCAAUAGCUUUACUGAUUUUUGCACUUAUGAGAAUUAUAUUGACAGCUUUUUAAUUUAUAUUGAUGCCAUAUGUCUUACUUUUUUAACAUUGCUAGUUAACUUAUAAUAUUUCUACCAGACGUUUUAUGUUGAAAUGCAGAAUGGAAAUAAACUACAUUUUUAAAGAAACA